AUGAUGCGCUACGCCAUUAUCUACUCAUUUAUUAGCGCAUGGCAAGAAUCAGUAUCAUUAAGAACGGUUCAAAAUGCUGCCGCCGCCUGCGGUCUUUGCCCUUGUUCUGUAGAAGCUCUCAAACAUAAUAAGUAUGUUCGUGAAUUGACUCCUGCAGAAAAAGAAUUGCAAGAGAAAAGAAAUUACCGUAAUCGAAAUCGUUUUAACAUCAAUGGUGAAGAAUUGACGACAAUGGACAUGAUUUGCGCAAUUUCUGACAAUAUUAAGAAGAAUCCUGCAAAUCACAGAUUUUGCAGGAAGCCAGAACAAGACACCAAGGAACGUUUCUACUUUUGGAUUACAAACUAUCUUGAUCCCAGCACUGAGUUGUUGACAAAACUCCCUAAUAUGCCAGGUUAUAGUCCAAAUGAUUAG